CUGGAAUGAGCAUGGAGGAUGUGGAUUUAAAUUAAACAUCUACAAUCUAAAAAUGUAAUUUUGAAGACAAUGCAUUCCCACAUUCUACAGAACAAAGUCCACAAAAAUGUGAAUUGUGCAUCAUCAAAUAACACAUACAUUUGCACUGUACAAUAUGAGGAACCUGUAUAUAUGGCUGAAUAUUCUUUUGGAACUUUCUUUUCUAUGGUCUUGUGCCAUAUGCAUGAAGUUUUCUAAAUUUGUAAGUCAGCAAAAUAAAGUUUUAAAUCAUGCAAGAGUUAAACGAGGAUGGCAAUGGGAAUCUUUAAAUGUCCUUGAGGAGAAAGAGGUGGAACAAAAACUUUAUGUAGGACAGCUUAAGUCUGAUUCUGAUAAACAAGAUGGGUCAAUUAAAUACAUUUUAUCUGGAGAAGGAACUGGAAACAUAUUCACUAUGGAAGAAGAUUCAGGAAAGAUAUUUGUUCAUAGAAAACUAGACCGGGAAGAAAAAUCAUUUUAUACUCUCAGAGCACAGGCCAUAAACAGAUUAACAGGAGUCCUUGUUGAAACUGAAUCUGAAUUUGUUAUUAAAAUUCUGGAUAUCAAUGACAAUAAACCAAAGUUUAUCCAUGGACCCUAUAUUGCUGAAGUUCCUGAAAUGUCUCCCAUAGGUACAUCCAUAAUACAAGUAACAGCUGUUGAUAAUGAUGAUCCAGCAGCUGCCAAUAAUGCCAGAUUGGUAUACAGCAUUCUUCAGGGACAGGCCCAUUUUUCAAUUGAAAUAAAGUCAGGAAUUAUUCGUGUUGCUUCACAAAUUGAUCGAGAAACCAAGGAUCACUACCAUGUUAUCGUACAAGUUAAAGAUAUGAUUGGUAAUGCAGGGGCACUUUCAGCCACAGCAACUGUAACAAUUCAGGUGUCUGAUAUUAAUGACAAUGCACCAAAAUUUCAACAAAAAAUAUAUGACAUGUCUAUCAUAGAAUCAGCCUCAGUAGGGGAAAUUGUUGGAGUGGUUUUGGCUGAUGACAUUGAUCUUGGAAAGAAUGCAGAAAUCACAUACUCUAUUGAAGAAAAGGGUCAUUUUAGCAUGUUUAAUAUAACCACUGAUAACAUAACACAAGAGGGCAUCAUAACAUUAAACAAGCUUGUCGACUUUGAAAGGACAAUCAGAAGAUAUCACAUUCAAGUAAGGGCAGAAAAUAAAUACAAAUCUGAAUUAAAUGAUACAGCCACCAUAAGGGUUUAUGUUGUAGAUGUCGAUGAACCUCCCGUGUUUCUCAGGAAAGAAUACUAUAUGGAAAUCCUUGAAAAUGCUACAGUUGGUUCACAUGUGGGUACAGUAACUGCAAAAGACCCUGAUAUUGCCAACAGAAUAAUUAGAUACGAAAUUCUUCAAAAUAGCUAUUCAUCAUCCUUUGAAAUCUUUUCUAACAAUGGAUCCAUCAUCACAAGUAAACCUCUGGAUAGGGAAACUGAUCCUUGGCAUAAUAUUACCAUAGCAGCAACUGAGGCACAGCAUCUUGCCCAUGUAUCAGUGGUAGAAGUGUAUAUCCAAGUUAUUGAUGUAAAUGAUCAUUUUCCAGAACUUCAAAAUGAGUAUGAUAUAUAUGUUUGUGAGAAAACAAAAGCAGGAGAGCAUGUACAAACCAUAAGUGCCUUUGAUAAAGAUCCUGUAAUCGGCCAUCAGUUCUAUUAUAUGAUACCACCUGAAGAAAUCAGCAAUGCAAACUUUACUCUCAUAGAUAACACAGAUAACACAGCUACAAUUCUGACAUUGCGAAAUGGAUACAGUUUACAAGAAACUCCUAUAUUUUAUUUACCAGUUAUAAUAAGUGAUAAUGGGAUUCCGUCGCUUAGCAGUACCAGCACACUAACAAUUCAAGUGUGCAACUGUGGAACUAACAAUGACAAAGGGUUUUGCAGAAGAAGAGGCUUAUUCUGGAUCUUUUUAAAUUCUGGAGCAUUUAUUGCAAUCUCGGUUUUUUCGAUUAUACUUUUAGGACUGGCUGUAAUUGUUCACAUAAAGUGCCAGAAAAGUCCUGCACAUUUUACUGAGAAAGGAGAAGACUUAAAGGAAAAUAUUGUCAAGUACGAUGAUGAAGGUGGGGGAGAAGAAGAUACUGAAGCAUUUGACAUUACAGGGCUCAGACAUAAAACAGUGAUGAGAAAACAUAAAAGGAAACGGAUUAUAAGAAAUGACAUUCAAAGUAUGUAUAGGUUGUCAUUGGGUCUUGGGCCUGAUGUCACUAUUUUCAGAGAAUUCCUUUCAGAGAAGUUGGAAGAAGCAGACACAGACCCAUGUAGUUUGCCACCUGAUUCCCUCCAUAAGUACACUUACGAAGGAACAGGCUCAACAACAGGAUCGCUUAGCAGCUUGGACCUGAGUACAGUGGAUAUUGAUCCUUGUUUAGAAAAUUAUCAGGGCUGGACUCAUGAAUAA